GCAUUGUAGUCUGGGCAGGAUAGAUCAGACGAGAGCGAGGACGAGCCUCCCGGCCGGAUUUCUCUGCCCGUACUUACUUUCCGUAUUUCUUUUCUUGGUCCUCCUGCUUCUCGGCUGACCCAGGGAUGACUUCCUCGCUGCGGCGGCCCCGGCGGGUGCCCUGGCUGCUAUGGGCAGUCCUGCUGGUCAGCACUGCGGCCGCUUCCCAGAAUCAAGAACGGCUAUGUGCAUUUAAAGAUCCAUAUCAACAAGAUCUUGGAAUAGGUGAGAGUCGAAUCUCUCAUGAAAAUGGAACAAUAUUAUGCUCAAAAGGUAGUACCUGCUAUGGCCUUUGGGAGAAAUCAAAAGGGGACAUAAAUCUUGUAAAACAAGGAUGUUGGUCUCACAUUGGAGAUCCCCAGGAGUGUCACUAUGAAGAAUGUGUAGUAACUACCACCCCUCCCUCAAUUCAGAAUGGGACAUACCGUUUCUGCUGCUGUAGCACAGAUCUAUGUAAUGUCAACUUUACUGAGAAUUUUCCGCCUCCUGACACAACACCACUCAGUCCACCUCAUUCGUUUAACCGAGAUGAAACAAUAAUCAUUGCUUUGGCAUCGGUCUCUGUAUUAGCUGUUUUGAUAGUUGCCUUAUGCUUUGGAUACAGAAUGUUGACAGGAGACCGCAAACAGGGUCUUCACAGUAUGAACAUGAUGGAGGCAGCAACAUCCGAGCCCUCUCUUGACCUAGAUAAUCUGAAGCUCUUGGAGCUGAUUGGUCGGGGUCGAUAUGGAGCAGUAUAUAAAGGUUCCUUGGAUGAACGUCCAGUUGCUGUGAAAGUGUUUUCCUUUGCAAACCGUCAGAAUUUUAUCAACGAGAAGAACAUUUACCGAGUGCCUUUGAUGGAACAUGACAAUAUUGCUCGCUUUAUAGUUGGAGAUGAAAGGGUCACUGCAGAUGGACGCAUGGAGUAUUUACUUGUCAUGGAAUAUUAUCCCAAUGGAUCUCUGUGCAAAUAUUUGAGUCUCCAUACAAGUGAUUGGGUAAGCUCUUGCCGUCUGGCUCAUUCUGUGACAAGAGGAUUGGCUUAUCUUCACACAGAAUUACCACGAGGAGAUCAUUACAAACCUGCAAUUUCCCAUCGAGAUUUAAACAGCAGAAAUGUCCUGGUGAAAAAUGAUGGAACCUGUGUAAUUAGUGACUUUGGGUUGUCCAUGAGACUGACUGGAAAUCGACUGGUGCGUCCAGGGGAGGAAGAUAAUGCAGCCAUAAGUGAGGUUGGCACAAUCAGAUAUAUGGCACCAGAAGUGCUAGAAGGAGCUGUGAACCUGAGGGAUUGUGAAUCUGCUUUGAAACAAGUAGACAUGUAUGCACUUGGACUAAUUUAUUGGGAGAUCUUUAUGAGAUGUACAGACCUCUUCCCAGGUGAAUCUGUACCAGAAUACCAGAUGGCUUUUCAGACAGAAGUUGGAAACCAUCCCACUUUUGAGGAUAUGCAAGUUCUUGUGUCUAGAGAAAAACAGAGACCCAAGUUCCCAGAAGCUUGGAAAGAAAAUAGCCUGGCAGUAAGAUCACUCAAGGAGACAAUCGAAGACUGUUGGGACCAGGAUGCAGAGGCUCGGCUUACUGCACAGUGUGCUGAGGAGAGGAUGGCCGAACUAAUGAUGAUAUGGGAAAGGAACAAAUCUGUGAGCCCUACAGUCAACCCAAUGUCUACUGCCGUGCAGAAUGAGCGCAACCUGUCACAUAAUAGGCGUGUGCCAAAAAUUGGCCCUUAUCCAGAUUAUUCUUCUUCCUCAUACAUUGAAGAUUCUAUUCACCACCCAGACAGCAUCGUGAAGAAUAUUUCCUCUGAGCAUUCUCUGUCCAGCACCCCCUUGACUAUAGGGGAAAAGAACCGAAAUUCAAUUAAUUAUGAACGACAGCAAGCACAAGCUCGAAUUCCCAGCCCUGAAACAAGUGUCACCAGCCUGUCCACUAACACAACCACCACGAACACCACUGGCCUCACUCCAAGUACUGGCAUGACCACUAUAUCUGAGUUGCCAUACCCAGAUGAAACAAAUCUGCAUGCCACCAAUGUUGCACAGUCAGUUGGGCCAACUCCUGUCUGCUUACAGCUGACAGAAGAAGACUUGGAGACCAAUAAGCUAGACCCAAAAGAAGUUGAUAAGAACCUCAAGGAAAGCUCUGAUGAGAAUCUCAUGGAGCAUUCUCUUAAACAGUUUAGUGGGCCAGACCCACUGAGCAGUACCAGUUCUAGUUUGCUUUACCCGCUCAUAAAGCUUGCAGUGGAAGUGACCGGACAGCAGGACUUCACACAGGCUGCAAAUGGCCAAGCGUGUUUGAUUCCUGAUGUUCCACCUGCUCAGAUCUAUCCUCUUCCCAAGCAACAGAACCUUCCUAAGAGACCUACUAGUUUGCCUUUGAACACCAAAAAUUCAACAAAGGAGCCCCGGCUAAAAUUUGGCAGCAAGCACAAAUCUAACUUGAAACAAGUAGAAACUGGAGUUGCCAAGAUGAAUACAAUAAAUGCAGCAGAACCUCAUGUGGUAACAGUCACUAUGAAUGGUGUGGCAGGGAGAAACCAUAGUGUUAACUCCCAUGCUGCCACAACUCAGUAUGCUAACGGGGCACUACUGUCUGGCCAGACAAGCAACACUGUGGCACACAGGGCCCAAGAAAUGCUGCAGAAUCAGUUUAUUGGUGAGGAUACCCGGCUGAAUAUUAACUCCAGUCCUGAUGAGCAUGAACCUUUACUGAGACGAGAGCAACAGGCUGGCCAUGACGAAGGUGUUCUGGAUCGUCUUGUGGACAGGAGGGAGCGACCAUUAGAAGGUGGCCGAACUAAUUCUAAUAACAACAACAGCAAUCCAUGUUCAGAACAAGAUGCUCUUACACAAGGUGUUCCAAGCACAGUAGCAGCUCCCGGGCCAUCAAAGCCCAGAAGAGCACAGAGGCCUAAUUCUCUGGAUCUUUCAGCCACAAAUGUCCUGGAUGGCAGCAGUAUGCAGAGUGAGUCAACACAAGAUGGCAAAUCAGGAUCAGGUGAAAAGAUUAAGAAACGUGUGAAAACUCCCUAUUCUCUUAAGCGGUGGCGCCCCUCCACCUGGGUCAUCUCCACUGAGCCACUGGACUGUGAAGUCAACAACAAUGGCAGUGAUAGGGCAGUUCACUCUAAGUCCAGCACUGCUGUUUACCUUGCAGAAGGAGGCACUGCCACAACCAUGGUGUCUAAAGAUAUAGGAAUGAACUGCCUGUGAAAUGUUUUCAAGCCUACGGAGUGAAAUUAUUUUUUUGCAUCAUUUAAACAUGCAGAAGACAUUUAAAAAAAAUUUAAAAACUGCUUUAUCUUCCUGUCAGCACCUCCUCCCACCCCUGCAACAAGGACUUGCUUUAAAUAGAUUUCAGCUAUGCAGAAAAAUUUAGCUUAUGCUUCCAUAUUUUUUAAUUUUUUUUUAAGUUUUGCACUUUUGUUUAGUCUCGCUAAACUUAUAUUUGUCUGUUAUGACCACAGAAUUAUAUGUGUGUGUAUCAAAAGUGGUCUCAAAAUAUUUUUUUAAGAAAAAAAGCAAAAACAAUGUAUUGCUGAUAAUCAGUUUGGACCAGUUUCUAAAGGUCAUUAAAACAGAAGCAGAUGAAGACAGGUUUAACUGCAGUGGUGUCUGGUAUCCAUGUUUUAUUCUGGGCACAAGCUAGUUUAUAUGUUGAUAUGUUUCUGGAUAUGUUACCUGUUGGACAUUCUUUUCUCUUGUGUUUGUUUAAAUGUGCAAUAGUAUAUAGGCCACAAAUAAGCUUUUUUGUAAGCUCUCUUCCUAACAGGGCACACAUUCUUCCAUAAUACGAACAUUUUUCUUCCCCAUCUCUGAUACUUUUUGUAGGUCAGAUCUAUGACAAUGAAUUUUGCACAGAAGAAAGCAGCUACCUGAUUUCUUGCUUUCUGUCUCCUUAUCAUGGAGAUGCAGAAACCGUAUCUCUAAGGGCUCUAAAGAGGAACUCCCAAAACCUAAUUUGAAAUGCCAUUUCUUCUAACCUUCCAAAAUCUAAGCAUUUCCUUCCAGGCAUUUUAAUAAACAUAUUUGGUUCUGGUUUUGGAAGUUCAUAGGAGAGCAUAGAACAAAAUACAGAAAAUAAAAUAUUUGGCAUUUUCAUUCUAUUUUAUUUUUCUAUGUAUUGUUCAUAGCCCGUAUUCAUUUAUUUAAGAAAUACAUUUUUAUCAGAAAACUUACAGAGCUACACUUAUGUGGAAUUUUUAAAUAGGUAGAUGAUUAAGACCAUGUAGUGUUACAACCUCUGUUCUCUGAAUUCUCAGCUUGGGCUUGAAUAAAAUUACAUUUCCUGUUUAUUACCACUUCAAAAUAGUUUUGAACCUGUAGUAUUUUUUAUUCUGUUCCCAAGCAAUUGAAAAUGAUUCCUUUUCCCAUGACCUAAAACACUGUGUGGAAAAAACGUUCAUCUGGCAUGUCAAAUCCCUGCGGAUAGAAGGGUCGCUGCCAGACCUACCUUUUUUGAGCAGACUGAGACUUGACCUCUAUCUUUUCAAAACUGUGUGUUUUUUUGCUAAUCUUAUUUUUAUAAUUUCUCCUUUUGCCAGUUUGUCACAUGAUCUUUGAUAUGUGAGCAGCAUGUGUUAUUUAUAUUAGAGUAUACUUUUAGUGAUAACACAUCCUUGAAAUCAUAAUUGUUUCUUAAAUCUUUGCUUCUUCUAU